AUGUCUUCAUUGACCUACUAUUCUCUUCCUGGGUACAGUGAAUCCUGGAGAGAGAAAUAUGGAUUUAGCGAUGCCUGCCUUUUGGGAGUCCGUUUGGAAGUUACUGGUCAAACCGGCAAGGACCCUUCAACGGGAAAGGUUCCCGCGACUAUAGAUGAAGAGAUUGCACAGGCAUUCUCUAACAUGAACGAUGUGAUUCUUCACUCCCUUCGAGAAGCUGGCCAAUUGUCCAAAGGCGAUGAAGCAACGGGUUGGGACUACGUCGUUAAACUACGAACAUACCAUGUUGGCCUGUCCAAGAUGCAGGACCAAGCUCGCGACAUCAUGGUCAAGAAUAUAAAGAGGUGGUGCCCCAAUCAUCAACCUUUGUUCACGAUGAUUGGCAUCGAGAGCCUGCCAUUUCCAGAUCUUCACGUAGAGAUUGAGGUUAUUGCAGAGAUUUAG